AUGAGUCUCACAGCAAGCGAAAUGAAGACCAUGAUGGAAUCACUCGCAGGUGCGAUUCGAAUGGCGGUGACGGAAGCGGUUGCUGUUAACAAUUUAACAAAUUCAAACGCAAGUUCGAUGACAUCUAAACCACCACCAUUUAAGAUUGCAGAAUUUAAAUUAGGAGAAGGAUCCUCAGUGCAGGAUUAUUUCACGCGUAUGGACUGGGCGUUAAAUUUGAGCAAGAUACCGGAAGCCGAACAAGGAGAGUAUGUACGUGUAUACAUGGGAGCAGAACUCAACGAUGCUCUUAAAAUUCUCGCUAGUCCAACUGAUAUGUUUACAUACAACGAAAUUAAAAAUAUGUUAAUUCACCAUUUUGAUGGUACACGGAAUAAACAAGAGAAGGGAGAAUCAAUUUCUAAGUUUGUGCUUCGCUUAAAAGAAGGUGCUAGAUUCUGUGAGUAUGAAGAUUUCUUGGAUAGAAUGUUGGUGGAGCAAUUGCUAUAUGGGGUUGAAUCUCGCAAUAUUUGUGAUGAAAUAGUAAUUAGGAAACCAAAAAAUUUUACUGAAGCGUAUGAAAUUGCGCAUACAAUCGAGCGAGCGCAAAAAACAACAACAGACGUUAAGGGUACAGAGUUAGGGCAACCAAGUGAACCAACAUAUAAGCUAGGUUGCGCCCCAAUAAAAACAAAACGUAAUUUUAGUGAAAAUCAUGAAAAAGCGAUGCGGAUGACAAAAGAGAAAACAGUGAAUUGUUAUGGAUGUGGUGGUCAGCAUUUCAGAAAAGAGUAUCAAAUAGCAGAGGAUGAUCCCGAACCAGUUCAACAAAUACUUGGUAUUAAUGCACUCAAGGCGGCGGUAGGAAGAAUGAUGGUUCAUGUUAAAAUUGAUGGAAAGGAAAUUCAAAUGGAAUUAGACACCGGCGCUCCAUGCGCGGUAAUUAGUUACAGAACUCUUCGAUCGAUAAGACCGAAUUGUAAGUUGCUUAAAAGUGAUAGGCGAUUCACAAGCUACACGGGUCAUAAGGUUAAUUGCGUAGGACGGAUUGUAGUAUCCGCGUCAGUGGGUAAAAUAGUACGACGGUUAAGUCUGUAUGUCGUGGAAGGAGAUUGUGAUACACUUUGCGGUAGGGAAUGGAUAUCACAAUUUGCGAGAGAGAAUAACUUUUCUGAAUUUUUUUCUUCGUCCAACCAUAUUAAUUCAAUAAACUCCUCAGAGCGAGAACUGUCUACAAACCAGCGAGAGCGGCUCCAACAACUGAUCGAGAGGUUUAAGAACGUAUUUAGUGAAACGGCUGGGAAGCUUAGUGGUCCACCUGCUAAAGUGCAUCUUAAAAAGGGAGCUACUCCAGUGUUCGCACGACCACGCGAAGUUCCAAUGGCAUUAAAAGAUGCUUACGGCAAAGAAAUUGAUCGAAAGAUUCAAUUGGGGCAUUACAAGAGAGUAGAUCAUUCGGAAUGGGCUUCGAUUACGCAUAUUGUUGCAAAGAAAAACGGUGGUAUUCGCAUUACAGGCAAUUACAAACCUACAGUUAACCCGCAAAUGAUAAUUGAUGAACAUCCAAUUCCGAAAGCGGAAGAUUUAUUUAAUAAAAUGAAAAAUGCAACAAUUUUUUGCCAUCUUGAUGUAACAGAUGCAUACACCCAUCUUACAAUUGACGAAGAAUUUGCACAUGUAUUAACUUUAAACACAAUCACGCAUGG